CGAGCGAAGGGUCAGUGUUGCCCUGGCUCGUGUGCCGUUCAGAUCUCUGUCUCCCUCCUCGCUGUCGAGCUUUAGCAUGAGCGCCUUCCGGAGAGUCAUGUCGUCGUUGCUUCCUGUGCUUCUGCUGGUGGGGAUGGCGAGGCAGACACGCCCCUGUGAGUACCGCAGCGUGGAUCCUCGACACACCAUGUGCGCCUUCAGGCCCGGCCAGUGCUCCGGCAAAUCCCUUCUGCGCACCGGAGGAAUCACGUGCAAAGACAUCGAGACGAUCAUCAGCACCCACAAUACACUCCGGCAGAAGCUUUCCAUGGGCCAGGUGCGCAACCAGCCGCCUGCGCUGAACAUGAGGGCUAUGGAGUGGGAUGACGAGUUGGCUGCUGUGGCUCAGCGCUGGGCGGAUCAGUGCAUGCCGGGUCACGACAGGUCACGCAACGUCCCUCGCUUCACCGUGGGCCAGAACGUCGCCGCCGCCUGGACGUUUGACCGCGACCUCGGAGACACGCCAGAUUUCGCCACGCAGGUCGAGGCUUGGUUCAACGAAGUCAAUCAGUACGGCUUUCCAAAGGGCAACGUCGACCCCUUCAGAUUCAACAAGGCUACGGGUCACUACACGCAGAUGGUGUGGGCUGAGACACACCUGGUCGGAUGUGGAUACGCCUACUACAAGGACCCGUCUCGCGGAUACACCAAGAUCUACGUUUGCAACUACGCCCCAGGAGGAAACGUGAUCGGGGGCUCCAUGUACAAGAUGGGCUACCCCGGCCAGCCGUACUGCGUGGGCGACGGGCUCAUCCCCUCGCCGAGCUACCAGGGUCUCUGCGAGGCGGACUCGGCGCCGCAGCAGAGGUCGUGCUCGAAGGACGCCGCCGCGGGCUCGCCCUCCACCUCGAGCUUCCUGCAGCUGCCGCCGCCGGGGCCGCCCCUCACCAACAGCCUGUCUUCGGGCGGCCACCCCAUCAUGGGUCCCGGCGGCCACCACAUGCCCGCCCACCACCCCAUGAUGAUGGCCCCGCACCCCCCCAUCCUGGGCGGCCCCCACGGCGACGAGUACCUGUCCGUGGAGCACGACGGCCACGACCUCAUGCGCCCCACAGACUUCCUCAUGAAGGGCAUCCAGGAGCCCAUCAUGGGCCUCAUGAAGAUCCUCAACCCCUGGAAUAUCCUCAACCGCUUCCGAGGGUGAGCUGGCGGGCGCGUGUCACUCGCCCCGCCUCGCCCUCGACGCCCGCAUGCCCGUAUCUCGCCCCCGUUCCCGCUCCGCCCACAGACGCCGUCGGUGUUUCUUGUAAUAAUAUUCCUGUAGUGUGUUUCGUCGUCCCCGCGGCGCUGUACCCUCCGCGUCCAUUAUCUGUGUUGUGAGCGCAUCAUGCUAUGGUUGUGACAGUUGAAAUGCGCGCAGGCGUACGCAUAUAUCCUGUUUUUUUAUUCUCUCUACAGACAUUGUCCCAUCUUGUGGUCCCUUUCUGGUUUUCAGGCGUUGUUCUCGUCCGCGGUGGGUUUCAGGCUCUCGCGGCGAUCCCGUUCGUGUUAAAGAGGUCAGUUCCGGUCUAAGUAGGAGUUCUAUUUCUCGACAGUGAGAUGUAAUAAGCUGUAAUGUUGUAAUGAAUGAUGUAAUAAGAUGUAAUGAUGGUAAGGACUGAGGAGUGUGUGGGUGCAGUUUGCCAGAUUUCGAAGACAUGGAUUUGUAUUUCUUUUCAGUCAUUCGUAUGUACAGCUUUAUUGAUUUAGGUAAACGUUUUAUUCUGCUGAGUUUAAUAGGUAAAAUGCUUUCUUAUCACCAGAUUUGAUUUUAAAACCACGAGGCAUGUAUAUUCAUUGAUAGAAAACGGAUACUAAAACUUUUAUAGGGAGACUAUUGUAAACUUAGAAAUAAUCGUCACUUCAUGUAACAAUUGCCAUGCAUUCAUUUUUUGUACAUUGUCAUGUACCUUUUUGUAUUUUAUUUCAUUUUCCCCUAAGGGCGCCCAUCCGUUAUCUAAUUGGUUCAGAACAUUGCAACUGUUCCUUGCAAAUUUUGACAAUAUUGGAAUGACUUAAAAACACAAGUGACUUAUAUUCUCUAAACAAUCAAAUUCUCUAUAUCUGUCACACCAUCUAGCAAAUUAAUCUGUAAAGUUAUUUGGCUCAAAAGGUUGUUAUACAAAACGGUAUCAAUUAUGUAAGGAACAGGUUGUUGAUAAAUAGCUUAAUUAUCAAUUCAAUUCCCACGUGUUAUUUGGUGUGUCGUCCCUGAUAUCAGUACAGUAGUAUUUAAGACUUUUAAAUAUGCGGGUGUACUCACUUAAGACUUGUAUAAACUGUAUAUGUCAGUGACUCUAUUGUAUUGUGCGAAUGCAUAUAUGUCGCACGUCCAUAAUUGUACACAUUGUAUAUAAUCUUAGUGUAGAAAUCUCUACCUAUAUGAAAUACCUAUAAUGGAAAUAUGAGUACCUAUCCUUAAGUGCUUAACGCGCGACGCACGAAAAACAAAAAACAAAAAAAAUGAUCAAUAAAGAAAAAGGAAAUCUUAACGUUAUCGCUAUCAGAUAAACUUCCACGGGGGGUGGGGGUUGGGACAGUACCACCCCCACCCCCCUCUCUCCCCCCAACUCAUAAGCGGUUUCUGUCAACAGACAAUGAACCCUUCGAGUAAAACAGUACAGAUUAGAGAUGACUGACGUUUUUUAUAACCAGAACACAUUCAUUUUUUUCUCAUCUCAUAUAUCAUGCAUACUAUAAAAGAAAGCUAAAAAAAAAAAACAGAUAUAUUAAAAAGAAAACGACAAAAGUAUUGUAUAUCCAUUUUCCUCUUGGGUCGCUGGAGAGGCAGUGACCCAAGAGCCUGUAUGGUGUCCUCAGAGCAAAGGACUGCCACCAAGAGACACAUUUAACGAAAGAGGCUAUUUAUUGUAUUUAUAUAUACAGUGCUUUAUAUUCUGUAUGCCAAACUCAAUAAAAUUAGGCAAAUGAGAG